GGCCUGGCCGGCCGGGCUGGGAACAAUGUAGCAGAGAAGGACAGGGCGGCGCCCAGCUGGGCUGCCCAGCCCGCUCACCUCGCUCUGGCUCUCUGCCCGGGACUGGGGAGGAGUAGGAGGGAGUCGGACCCGAGGCCUCUGGCUUCGGGGACCGCCCCCUCCCGCGUCCUGGCCGGCGGUUAGAGGCUGCUGCGACAGCCGGAGCCCCGGCGGCAGCAUGAGAGCCGGCGCCGCUCCUCCAGGCCUGCGGACGCGCGGCGAGCGGCGGCGGCCCUGCCAGCGCGCGCCAUGGGGCCGCCGUGGGGCCCGGAGGCUGGCGGGCGGCGCCGGCGGCGCCGAGGCCGGGGGCAGCUGGAGAGCGCCUCGGCGCUGGUGGCCGCCGGCCUGAUGUGCACCGCGCUGGCCGCCUACGUGUGCUGGGAGCAGCUGCCGCCGCUGCCCUGGACGUCCCCAGCUCCGCAGCAGCCGGUGAGCGUGCUGCUGUGGUGGGAGCCCUUUAGGGGACGCGGCGCCGACGAGAGGCCGCCCCCCGACUGCCGCCUGCGCUUCAACAUCAGCGGCUGCCGCCUGCUCACCGACCGCGCGGCCUACGGCGAGGCUCAGGCGGUGCUCUUCCACCACCGCGACCUGGCCAGGGGAUCCUCCGACUGGCCGCCGCCCUGGAGCGCGCGCGGGGACGCCGUCGAGGAUGUCCUGGAGCAGGCGGCCCUGGCGACCUCAGGCUCCAGGCCCCCUGGCCAGCGCUGGGUGUGGAUGAACUUCGAGUCACCCUCUCACUCACCCGGGCUGCGAAGUCUGGCAGGUAACCUGUUCAACUGGACGCUUUCUUACCGGGCCGACUCGGACGUCUUCGUUCCCUAUGGCUACCUCUACCCCAGGAACCACCCGAGUGACCAACCUCCGGGCCUGGCCCCGCCGCUGGCUCGGAAACGGGGGUUGGUGGCUUGGGUGGUGAGCCACUGGGACGAGCGCCAGGCCCGGGUCCGUUACUAUCAUCAAUUGAGCCAGCACGUGCCUGUGGACGUUUUCGGCCAGGGAGGGCAUGGCCGGCCGGUGCCCGACAGCGGGCUCCUGCACACGGUGGCCCGCUACAAGUUCUACCUGGCAUUCGAGAACUCGCAGCACCUGGAUUAUAUCACUGAGAAGCUGUGGCGUAAUGCGCUGCUGGCUGGGGCGGUGCCAGUGGUGUUGGGCCCAGACCGGGCCAACUACGAGCGCUUCGUGCCCCGUGGUGCCUUCAUUCACGUGGAAGAUUUCCCCAGUGCCUCUGCCUUAGCCACCUACCUGCUCUUCCUCGACCGCAAUCCAGCUGCCUACCGCCGCUACUUCCACUGGCGCCGCAGCUACGCUGUGCAUAUCACCUCCUUCUGGGACGAACCGUGGUGCCGGGCUUGCCAGGCUGUGCAGACAGCUGGGGAACAGCCCAAGAGCAUAGGCAACUUGGCGCACUGGUUUGAGCGGUGAAGCCCGCACCCCUUGCAAGCGACCCAGGUUAACCAAGUUGUCAGCUUCUUGACUGCGGAAUCAACAUCUUUUUUUUUUUCUUUAUUGGGAAGGUGUGAUUUGCCAAUUAACAUUAUUCAACAACAAGAUGGAGUGGGAAAGGUCCCAUGUGAUCCUGUUUGAUGCACCACUAGCCGUUGGGUUCCAUAUGCUGUUGAUGGUCCCUUGUUCAGGGCUAACGGAGGACACCCAAGCUCAGGUUGUAACUGAUGCAGAGGUGCAGAAAUGGCUUAGCCAAAAGGCACCAAGGCCAUUUCUACUGUAUUUCUACCUUGGUGGCCCUAUUCACAAUGCCCUAAAGCAACAGGAAGCAAACUGCUGGCUUCAGAAAGGGCCUUGGGGUGGCACAGUGGAUGACUGGUCAUCAGCAGGGCUCUCUCUGUUGGAGUUCUUCAACCAGGGCUCCUGGGACAGGUGAGGACGGUGCUUAAAGGAGCUAUUGACUUCCUUAACAAAUACUGCUUUUUCUGCCCUGUGAAUGGGAACAAGAUGCUGGAUUGUCCUUGGAGGAGACUGAAGAUGAAAUAUAUGGUUGUACUUCCUUAACACAAGAAUGUGUCCUGGAAAAAUCUGCAUUUAAGUCAGGUGUGAAAAGCAGGACCCUGGGAGAGCUCAGUAUUUAAUGGAGCUCUCUGGAGAAUCCCUUUAUAAUGUGAAUGAUUGUCUCCUAAUUUAUUUCCUCUGUCAUGUUUUUCUUGUGGUUGGAUUUUUUUUUUAAGCAUAUUGAUGUUACACAAGUAAAGCUCAAGCAGAGGCAACUUUCUUCUCUUCCCCCAAACAGCCUAUGUUUACAAACAGAAGAAAAGAAGCCACAAUGUCACUUUCCACAAAAUUAUUUAUGUCCUGCCUUCACUGAACUUGAAUUUUAGGCAGGAAGGCCAAUCAUUCCAGGGUGCUGGCCUUGCCUAUGCGCAGAACAGCACAGCAGGUUGUACUGCAUAACAGAAUUGUGCAAAUGGAAAAAAGAAAGUAUCAUAGUGUCUGUUAGUGAUAGUUUUUAUUGAGUUUUUGAUUGAAUGUUUAGAUCCUUGGGAAUGGAACUAAGUUAGUGCCUACAAUUAUUCUGUUAAAUCUGCUGUGCUCCCUGUGCCAACAGAUUGCUCUCCUACUCUACAUAUUACAGAAAAUCUUCCCAUUUCCAGUGCAGUUGAAACUGUGCUAUGGGAUCUGCCUUAACAACACAGGCAUUGACGUUGCAGGUUGUUGAAUGAGCUGCAUAUUCAACAGGUGUCUCUAUGUGCCUACUUGAUGCCAAACACUGGACUUGGCACCCCAGGGAAGAGAAGAAAAAAGUAUACAAGUUAGGUCUGUAAUUGUCUACCAUUGCCAAAAAAGUGAAAAAUGAUUGUUAAAACAACUGGUAGAACCAGUCUGAGUAAAGUGACAUUUCUGUUGAUAUAGGCCAAACAUCAAUAAAAAGUUAUAUAGACCAUAGUCUCUAUAAUAUAGACUAAUAUAUUUUACAUGUAAAAUAGUGGUGUUGGCCAUAAAUCUUAAAUCCAGUGGAUUUAAAACUUGAGAUAAUGGAUUUCCUCCUUACUUUAUUAUACUGUAAGACUUCCAGUGGCUAUUGUGAGGAGGGCCCAAGGUUAGUUUUAUAAGAAGUCUUUUAAUAGUGGUUUUAUAUUUGAUUAGAACGGUUAUCUGAGAUGUGAACCAGCUAUAUCUGUGGGCAUUUGUUGCUGGCAUGCUUGGAAAGCCUACUGAAUCUGGUUGCUUUGCUUUCCUCUGUUCCUCAGAAGAAAUUAAUACCCAUGAGAAAUAUGGCUUCAUUCAACUAUUAUGUAGACAGAUUUGCAAACUACCAAUCAGCCAGCAGAGAUAAUGACAAAUUCUAUUUUAAAAUAAAUAUUUAUGAGAUAAUGGCCAAUGAUCUGGGUGUUUCUGGGAAUCUACAUGGGGCAGUGGGAGAAAAUUUAGGUUUUGAAGGUAAUCUGAUUUAGAUUUGAAUUCCAGUUGAGUGACAUUGGGCCAAGUGGUAAUAACCCUGAGCCUUAGCUGCUUCAUCUGUCAAAUAAGGGAGGCAAGACCUUCACAGCUCAUUGUGAGCAUUUCAGGAAAUGAGUGAAGGGUGCCCAACACUUAGUGGGCACAAGUUGACUUUACGUUUUUUCCUUCUUUCCUUGCAGUGAUUUCAGGAUGCUCUUGAGUCAUUUAUACGUGUGUCUAAAAUGAAAUCUGAAGGACGUUACAAAAUAAAUCUGAAAUUUAAAAUGUC